GGACGAUGAAGGAACUUCCAGAACGAGACGCAUGUUUGAGAUUUGAGUAGAGUUAGUACUUUUAGCAAAACUCAGAUCAGUGUAAAAACAGUGCGUGCGCACUGGGGGAGACUGAGGUUUUGUGUAUGCGUAAGUAGGCCAGGCUUCCCACCAUCCUCUGUCAUAAAUGCUAAGUUUCGUCGUCGUCGUCGUCUUCAUCAUAUCCACUUCCUGACGUCCCAAGAUCCCUUUUUUAGCCCUUUCCCUCUGCCUGUGUCAGUCCCUCUCUAUUUGGGGGGUUAAAGCAAUGCGCUGAGCAGUAAGCAAGUAAGAUAUGGUCAAGCUUCGUGCCUGCAAGGACUGAACUUUAUUCGUUAUUCGUGUUUUGGUUGGUCUGUGAUAUCCGAGUUGUGUUUGUGAUUUGUUACGAGAAUAUGAGUACAGAGAAAAAGCCUGUGAGUGAAGUACAUGAUGCGGUUUCUUGUCAGAGAACAGCUUCUCUUCCAGUUCACAAGGUUGAUGAUACAAUGGCAAUAAGUGAAGAGUCCACACAUACUCGUCGCUGGAAGCGAGAUAAUCUUUCACUACAAAUACCCUCAAGAACAUCAGAAGAGUCUUCUCAAGAUUUUGUAACAAUCAAGAUGCCCCAGACUCCAAGUCCUUCUCCAACUCCCAAGAGAGUGAAUUUCCUGGUGACUUCUCUCUCUGUUGAUACCUCCGUUAAUAAAUCUCCGGGACCUUUAACAUCAAGAGGAAGACCAUCCAUAAGAAGUUUCUUACCAAAACUGAACUUCAUUUCCCGGGCGUCAUCAGAUGUUGAAAAGGGUUCUACUGUAGCUUCAGAAGGUUCCUCUUCAGGCACUCGAGAAAAGCCUUCAAUCUCAAGAACCUUGUCCCUUACUAAAAUAUUUACUCCCAGGAUUAAGAGGACCUCAUCAUUGCCAGUGGAUGAAUUUGCACAUUCAAAUUCAGAAUCUGCUCACGCUGGAACUGUUGGCACUCCUUUGCCGAGGAGCUCUGCUCAGAGGCAGAUAGUUCGCUCUCUUUCGGUGCCUGUCAACAAUAAAGAGAAAAGCUUAAGGAGAAUGGAUUCAUUUUUCCGUGUUAUUCCUUCCACCCCACGAGUGAAGGAUGGAGUUGAAUUAUCGACAGCAUCCCCCACAAAGGAUUCUGAAAACGAUAUUGAUGAUGGUGAAGACAUAGCUGAAGAAGAGGCUGUAUGCAGAAUUUGUAUGGUUGAUCUAUGUGAAGGGGGUGAAACUUUCAAGCUGGAAUGCAGCUGCAAAGGUGAACUUGCUCUAGCACACCAAGAAUGUGCUAUUAAGUGGUUUAGCAUCAAAGGAAACAAAACAUGUGAUGUGUGCAAAGAGGAGGUUCGGAACCUACCUGUCACUCUUUUGCGGAUCCAAAGUGUCCGGGCUCGACAUACUGGAGCAAGCAGGUCUCAGAUGGACGAUGUGAAUGAAUAUAGGGUUUGGCAAGAAGUACCUGUUCUAGUCAUUGUCAGCAUGCUUGCCUAUUUCUGUUUUCUUGAGCAGCUAUUGGUUGGGAAAAUGGGUACUAAGGCAAUUGCCAUAUCUCUUCCGUUUUCAUGUGUAUUGGGUGUUCUCUCUUCCAUGACAUCAUCCACAAUGGUGAAGAGCAGGUUCGUCUGGAUUUAUGCAUCAGCACAGUUUGCUCUGGUGGUUCUGUUUGCUCAUAUAUUUUACUCCUUGGUAAUUGCGAAAGAUGUACGCUUCGACCAUAAUAUCCAUGUGCAGGCAAUCAUGUCGAUACUUCUUGCAACCUUCGCAGGGUUUGGUGUGGUAAUGAGUGGAAGUUCAAUUCUUGCGGAGUUCUUCAGAUGGAGAAGAAGAUGGCAGGCUUCAUCAGAGCAGAAUAAUACUGGUCCUCAAGUGAUGGCUCCUCAUUCAGGUUCUUCCACAGCCAGGACGCAGAAUCACCAAAACUCGAGUCAGAUACCGACACAAGCUAAUAAUGAGAAUGCUUCUUCAUAAGCUAAUAGAGCAGAUAAAAAAUUUGUGUUCAUCCCUCAGUAUUUCGGAAACAACUACACAUGACUUUGAUUGUACAGCUCAUAAUGAUAAUGAUAAUGAUAAUGUAGUGUUGUCAGAGAAAAGAAUGGCUCAGGAUAGUGGUUAUCGCUGGUAAGCAUUUCUUUUGGGCUUUGUUAAAUCAAGAGGCCUGUGACCGUCUUUUUGUAAUCUUAGGGGAGAAGACAACAGAAGAAUUGAGGCAUACUUGAAUAGCAUGAUGAUGUGCUAAUGCCAGAUUUGGUGAAGCAUUCCAAAUAUACAGGGAAUUAAUCCAUGGUGAAAAAAAAUUUAACGC